AAUAUUUGAUUUUUGAUUUGGAAGAUUACAAGUGUUAAAAUGCAGAAAUACAACUGCAACAUCUUUACUUUAAAUCCCAAGGCUACAAGACUUGUGUCCCAACAAGACACAGGAUUAAUCCUACCAAUGUGCCAUACCAACUACUACGUUUACAAUGUUGGUAAGACUAGUGUAAAGGUUACUGUCAAAGCAGGAACAAGAAUUAUGUGGAUCAGAAAUGUGAAAACCCUAACAUUGGAACCUGGCCAAGAUGCUUACCUUGAUAUGUCCAAAACCAAGUGCCUUGUUUCAGGUGUGGACUUAACCAAUACUGAAGACAUCAGAGGCUACGUCCAUUGCUGCCAAGUUACCGGCUACCCCUUCUACGACAAUAGCGACUCUUCGAUUCCAAUUGACAUUAAUAUGGUUUCCAAAAUACUUACUUCAGUUGGACCAGCAGCAAUACCAAAAGCUGCAGAUGAUCUAUCAAAAAUUAUACAUAUUUUCUGGCCAGAAAACCAAGAGUCACUGUGGGAGAAAAUCAAUUCUGUCAUACUUCAUCUGUUAGACACCUCUAGGCAAGAGCUUGUUCAAUCCGUAAUCAGUAAACUUGCCCAAAUAGCAGAAAGACUUAGAACGGUAAUGCAUGAAUUAGAAGAAGGAAAACCAACAGUUCAGCAGAAAUUUUUGAGCAUUCUAGAAGAUCUGGUGGAUUUCCAAAACAAGUUUAGACUUGAACGAAGAGAAACUCAAGAAAAUCUUAGACCAAGCUACAAACUGCUUCCUUAUUAUUCUGCUGUUGUGAACUUGAGGCUUAAGAUCAAUCAGUUCGCUAUAAUUAACCGAGAUAAGCUUAGUUUGGAUGAAGCUGCCGUCAAGCACAUUCAGGUGUGGUCUGAUAACCUGAUAAACGAUCCAGAAUCGGGAGCAAUAGGAUAUAUUACCUCCCUUUCCAAGGAUCGGCUUGAGAUGGAAUACAAAACAUGUUAUGCAGAACUAUUGUAUGACGGUCUUGUAACUGUUCGAGGUUACUGUAUCCUUAGCGGAUUGCAGUUCUUCCCGCUCUGGAAAUCAAUUGUAGAUUAUCCAAAUAGCACAGAGGAGCCCUACAAUGAUGUCAUCAUUUACUCGACGUACUGGGGUAGAGCAACACCUAGACUUCACAGGCAAAUGGUCACAGAAGACCAUGUUCCACCAGUGAAACCAGCUUUGGUGAACGGUAAACGUAACCAACCAACAUCUAUUGUUGUUUACACUUUGAAAGAUAAAGUGUCUGGUGAUCCAGUCAUUUCUGGUCUUACUGUUCAGUAUGAAAACGGCGAAAAAAGUGUUACUGGCAAAGUGUCUCCCGACUUUCAAAUAAUUGAGUUUGAUGGAAAUCAUGUAACUUCUGUUAGUGCUUAUGGUUGGGGACAAAUUGACGGUCUCAAAUUUUCAUUCUGCAACGGUCACUCCGUAACUGUUGGAACUACAUCGAGCGAUAAGCAUGAAUACCAUCUUCAAAACCACCACAUUGUUGGCUUCUUCCUUGCUAAUGAUUUUGACCCACUUGAAGGACAAGCUGCGAAUAUCUUCGUCAGCUUCCAACUGUGCCAAGUAGAUGGAUCGAGUAACGACAAAUGCGUUAUAAGCCGUUAAUGUAUUGGCUUUAUAAUGUGUCACUAUAAUAUGUAUUAAAAUAAAGAUUUACUAUUAUGUA